CAUUAAAUAGAAUCUCUUAUUAAUGACCAGUAUCUCUACGUUCCAUAAGUACACUUUCUUUCUCCGUCUCUGUUUCUUUUUAUCAUCAUAUCUCCUCCUCCAAGAUGACUUCUGUUUAUAUUUUUCUAUGCGUUUUCUUGAUUUCUUUUCUUCUUGACGAUCAUCAAGUACAAGGACUGAAAGUGUUCAAAAAUGAGUCGAGCGGUUGUAAUCUUUACGAAGGAACUUGGGUUCUUGAUACUUCUUACCCUCUCUACGAUGCAUCAAAUUGUCCGUUCGUUGAGAGGGAAUUCAAUUGCAUACAUAAUGGUAGACCUGAUAAAUUAUAUCUCCAGUAUAGAUGGAAGCCUGAGGGAUGCGAAACACCCAGGUUCGACGGACAGGAAUUCCUGACAAGAUUCAAGGGGAAAAAGUUCAUGUUUGUAGGGGAUUCACUGAGUUUGAAUCAAUGGCAGUCCCUAACGUGCAUGCUACACAGUGCUGUACCUAAAGCUAAGUACACUCUGACCAGAGCUGGAGGCCUCUCUACCUUCAAAUUUCUGGAGUACGACCUGUCAAUUAUGUUCUCUCGUAAUGCAUUUCUUGUAGAUAUUGUGGGAAAAAAGACUGGUAGAGUUCUUAAACUCGACUCGAUCGAGGGAGGCAAACUCUGGUCAGGUGUUGACACAUUGAUCUUCAACACAUGGCAUUGGUGGAUGCACGUUGGCCGCAAACAACCAUGGGAUGUCAUUCAAGAAGGAACAAAAAUAUACAAAGACAUGGAUCGGUUGGUGGCAUUUAGGAAAGCGUUGUCAACAUGGGCUAAAUGGGUAAACACCCAUGUUGAUCCCAAAAGAACUCAAGUCUUCUUUCAAGGCAUUUCUCCCGAUCACUCAAAUUCAACGGACUGGGGAGAUGCAUCAGGGAAGAAUUGUUUCGAGGAAAAGAAACCAGUGUUCGGAACAAUCUACCCAAUUGGAGAACAUCCAGCGCAAAUGGUUUUAAAAGACGUGUUGAACCUUGAAGCAAAAUCUGUUAAAUUACUAGAUGUAACUUUCUUGUCUCAGCUAAGAAAAGAUGCACAUCCAUCAGUUUAUGGAAUUGGAGGACACAGAGCUAGUGAUUGUAGUCAUUGGUGUCUCGCUGGGGUUCCCGAUACUUGGAACCAACUUUUAUAUGCUUCUUUAGUAAAAUACUGCCCAGAUGUGGGUUGUUAAUUCAAAAGGAUAUCGAACUUAUACACUUCAAUGGAGUAAAUUGUUAUAAGCCCAUGCCAUGAACUGGGUGUUAUAAUUCCACGUAUCUAAAGACUUAAAGGCCUAGACAAA